AUGCUGCCGCCCUGCUGGGGUGGAGGACUGGCACCUGAGCCGUCAGCAUCGCAGUGCGCGCAACGCACACUAUGCACCGCUCCGCUGCGGCCGCGCGCCCACCGCCACGUCGCCGCGGUGCCAGCACCACCAGUCACGGCAGAGCUCCGCAGUGCGUCACACCCGCAGGCUCAGGGCAGCGCAGUCAUGCCGCACAACAAGUCCCACGUCACGGCCACCAUUCGUCUGCGGUCGUGCAUGUCGGCAGCGCAGACGCGUGCGGGGGCGGGGGCGUGCCGCCACACUACACCGCCACCGUGCGGGUACGGGUAA